AUGGAGCUGUCGGGAAGUUCGACGUGUCUGACAAAGAACGAGGAUCUCCAGUACGCCAUCAAGCGGAUCUUGAAGCAACACCAGAGAGAGUGCGAAGACGCAGCUGAGUUUGGGAAGGCACGCGAGGCACAGGCGGCUCUUAAUGAGUUGCAGUACCGGUGUGAAUUCGAGAGUCUUUGUCGCCUUUUCUGCUAUCAGUACCAGCAGCUUUCUGACGCCGACGAGGCGCACAGAAACCAGCUCCACUCGCUGGAGACGCAGUGGAAAACUGUGCAGCUACCGGCGCUCGUCGACAGAAUUCGAAAAUGGAAGUCGCAGUUGCAGGCAAGACAAAGCGCAGAACGCCAGAGUUUCUCCUGGCAAGAAGCCGGAGAAGACAGCAAAUCGAAGCCGAAAUUCAAGAAGGAGGCGUUCGACCUGCAAAAGAAAAUGCAGUACCUCGGCCAUCAAGGACGCUACGACGAAGCAGAGGAGCUGCAGCGGCGACUCGAGGCUCAGCAGCGUUUGGACGCGCAGGAACACGAAGCGUCUCGGCAAGCUCGCCGCGAACGGCAGGCUGCCAGACUAACAGAGACGCACGAGGCCGAGCGCGCUGCGUUUGAAAGCAAAGUCGAGCGUCUAACUGAGUAUUACAACCGACAAAAUGCCGCGAUGGUCGAGACGCUCCGGAGAAAACACCAGGGACUCCGAAAGAGUAUCACGCAUGUGCAAGGCCUGGAGCUACAGAAGGCCCUGUAUGCGCUGAAGUGCCUGAAGCCCGAUGAAGGCGUAUGCCUCGUGUGCUCCGCUGUCUCCACGCACAUUCGCCGAGUCGAGAAGGCACAGUGUGAGACCCAGGAGGCUCCUGAAGACAACCACCCCACAGUGUUUCCUUCCCCGCGGGGACUGUCUCUUCCUGUCUCUGCCACUGGAGGCUCGCUCCGAGCCCCAAGCUCGCAGGCGUCGCCGCGGCCUUCAGCUUCGCCUGUGCUGGGGAGAAUCGAGACGCCGCAAAAGAAGAGCCAGAGUUCUCUUCCACCGGUGCUCGACUGGCGCACGUCGCCUGUUUCUCUCGGAUCUCGCAGAUGUGCCAGCGAAGCGGCAAGCCAGAGAAGUCCUAAAGCCAUGCGGUCUCGGAUAGCCACUAAGCCCUUCCAGCUCUUGGCGUCUCCACGCACAGCGCGAGAAUACACUGAGAAGAGAAGACCCCCAGGCGGGGUCGGGAAAAAGGGGACAGUCGCUGCCGCCUCGGCUCGAGGGAGAUCCGAGGCGGAACACGGGCGGCGCGGAAAGCAAAAGCUACCCCCGACUGUGGGAGACGGACUCCACAAAGAAAUCCUGAACUGCUGGAAGGAAGCGGCAGAGAAAGUCAUCAAAGACCGAAAGUCCUCCGCUUCCCUUCGGUAA